UUACAGAACAGUUAUUGUUUAAUAAUUUGGUAGGAAUAAAUAGUAAAAAGAUGGAAGAAAAACAAAAGCCUCCAUCUUUAAAGGAUUCUGUUGCGUUGAAACCUUGGGAAGAUAUGGAUACUGAGUUGAAAAAGGCUAAAUUGGAAUAUUUUCGAAUUCAGACUAUUUUGGCUGAAGAACAAAUUUCCAACCUUAAAAUUCAACGUAAAGUAUUGGAAUUGGAAUAUGAAGAGAAGAUGGAGAACAAAAGGAAGAAGGAACGCGUGGCUUAUUGUUAUUAAAGA